CCAGAGAUUCUUCUGCUGCAGACCCCGAGCUCGGAUCGGAGGUCUUCUGCAAGCUGUGUCUGAGCCAGCAGCCAACUGCAGCCGUGACAGAACUGCAGAGCUGCAGGUGCAUCUUCUGCACAGCGUGUUUGCAGCAGUAUGUCCAGCUGGCCAUAAUGGAGGGUGGAGGGGCGCCCAUCACCUGUCCAGAUAUGGCGUGUCAACAAAGCGGACAGCUGCUGGACUCUGAGAUCGRCAGUUUGGCAGCAGCAGAGCAGGGGCAGCUGUAUCAGCGGCUGAAGUUUGAGAGAGGAGUGAAGCUGGACCCCAGCAAAGCUUGGUGUCCCGUACUGGAAUGCCAGGCGGUGUGCAGYGUCCAGCCGAGCACCGAGGGCCAACCUGCCGCCGUGGCCUGCCCCACCUGUCACAACAUGUUCUGCUCCGGCUGCAGAGGCUUCUGGCAGGACGGCCACACCUGCCCUGUGUUGCAGCCGUUAGUGUUUCCUUCACCGUCUGAUGAAAGCAGUCAGUCAGACGUCUCCAUCAAGCAAUGUCCCAUGUGUGGGAUCUACAUCGAGAGGAACCAGGGGUGUGCUCAGAUGCUGUGCAAGAGCUGCAAACACACCUUCUGCUGGUACUGUCUGGAGAACCUGGACGGUGACAUCUUCCUGAGACAUUAUGACAAGGGGCCGUGCAAAAACAAGCUGGGACACUCCAGGGCCUCCGUCAUGUGGAACAGAACACAGGUGGUGGGCAUCCUGGUGGGGGUCAGCAUCAUCGUGCUGGUGACRUCUCCGCUCCUCCUGCUGGCCUCGCCCUGCAUCCUGUGCUGCAUGUGCAAGCCCUGCAGCAGCAAGAAGAAGAAGAAGCAGCAAAAGAAGAAGGACUUCAGUCCACCAGACCGCUCCGCAUCAUAGCAGCCCCUGCUCCCAUCUGCCUGAUCACAAUAACUCSCAUUUGCCAAGUGGAGGCCAAGGAAAGUAAAAGUGCCGAAAGAACUUAUGGAACAAAGAAGUAUUUCUURUUUAUCCUCAGACUAGAGCCACUUGGAUUGUGGGCCGCUUGGAUAAACGAGUCCAGACUGUCGUCCCUCUGUUGAGAACAAAUAAUUUGCCUUGCAGAAUUUAUCUUCAGAUGCAGAACAGAGCAGUGGAUUUUCCUGCGCAGGACUGUUUUUCUGUACAUGCACACUCACAUUCAGGUCAACGCCACCCUCGCGUGCCAAAUGUCAUGAUGCCAAACCAGAGGCGUUAGUGCUCAAAGUGCCUCUCUGUGCAGCGCCAGGUGCUUGGCUCAUUUUCCUUUACCUUUGCAUUCUGUCUAUAUUUUAUGCAACAACAAAGAAAUACACACAGGCCUGGGAAACCUUAAACAAGGCAGAACAUCCUUUGCUAACAGGAGAUGGCGUUGUGUUUGCACUUUAUAACCUGUAUUUAUAUGAAACAUGAUAGGGCUUCAGUGGUACACAGAGAACUYAUCUUCUGCAAACGGGUUGUUUCCACCUGGUUCCAGACCAAAGGCUCGAACGGAAAAAUCUGUACUUUUCUAAAAUGUGUUCAUAUCUAUUUAUUGAUUAUGUGUACAAUAUCAUUUCUACAUCUCUUGUUUGUGUUUCUGCCUUUUCUAAAAACGCCAUUGUAAAUAAAAAUAAACAAUGUGUUAAACCUG